GUUAUAUGUAUAUAAAGUUACUGGCCAUUAGUAAAAUUGUGUUACAUUGAUAACACGUGAAAAUACAAUAAUUUUAAAUUUCUCUAUUAUUUCGAACAAAGAUGUUAAAAAUGUACAAAACAAGGUUACUUGAUAUUCAAAACAUAACCACAAUAUAUAAUACUGUUACUCGAAAUAUUGCUGCUCUUUCUAUGCUGCCAGAGACCCACCAAAUGUUACAAAAAACAUGCAAAGACUUUGCAGAAGGAGAGUUAAAACCAAUAGCAAAGGACAUUGACAAAAAGCACCUUUAUCCAAAAGAACAAAUUAAAAAAAUGGGAGAACUAGGUUUAAUGUGUAUAGCAAUUCCUGAAGACUUAGGUGGAACUGGACUAGAUUAUUUGGCAUAUGCUAUUGCAUUGGAAGAAAUAUCUAGAGGGUGUGCUAGUGCAGGUGUUAUAAUGAGUGUAAAUAAUUCCCUUUAUUUAGGGCCCAUAGACAAAUUUGGCAAUAAGGAUCAAAAGAAUGUAUAUAUCACUCCUUUUACAAAUGGUACAAAAGUUGGAUGUUUUGCUCUUAGCGAACCUGGAAAUGGUAGUGAUGCUGGUGCUGCUUCUACUACUGCUAAAUCAAAUGGAACCAAUUAUAUAAUUAAUGGCACAAAGUCAUGGAUAACAAAUGCAUACGAGUCAGAUGCAAUUGUUCUAUUUGCUACAACAGAUAAAUCUAAAAAGCACAAAGGUAUAAGUGCCUUUAUAAUUGAUAAACCUAUAGAAGGCCUCUCUCUUGGUAAAAAAGAGGAUAAGUUAGGUAUUCGUGGCAGUAGCACCUGUUCAUUAAUAUUUGAAGAUUGUAAACUACCGAAAGAAAAUAUAUUAGGAGAACCAGGAAUGGGCUUUAAAAUUGCAAUGAUGACAUUAGAUGCUGGCAGAAUAGGCAUUGCUGCUCAAGCUUUAGGCAUAGCGCAAGCAUCUGUUGACUGUGCGGUCGAAUAUGCAGCAAAACGACAAGCAUUUGGUAGUCCUAUCAUUAAGUUACAUGCAAUUCAACAAAAAAUUGCAGACAUGGUUCUAAAAUUAGAAAGUUCAAGAUUAUUAACGUGGCGAGCAGCUGUGCUUAAAGAUAGUGAUAAACCAUAUACAAAGGAAGCUGCUAUGGCAAAGUUGUCUGCAUCUGAAGCGGCUACUUUCUGCGCUCAUCAAUGCAUACAAAUUUUAGGUGGUAUGGGUUAUGUUACUGAUAUGCCCGCAGAACGUCAUUAUAGAGAUGCACGCAUUACUGAGAUUUAUGAAGGUACAUCAGAAAUACAAAGAUUGGUUAUAGCUGCAAAUGUUAUCAAAGAGUACAAUCUUAAUUAAAAUAUUCAAAUACGAUACGUAU